CUUUCCCUUGUUCAUCAAAGAUAUACAUACUUUCCAACAUGUCCUUUGUACAAUCUGUAAUCCGGCCAAACAUCCGGUCUUUGGAACCAUAUCGAUGCGCUCGUGACGACUUCAAAACCGGUCUUUUAUUGGACGCCAAUGAAAAUACUCAAGGUCCAGCCUUAACGUCAGUCACUGAAGAAGAAGAACUUUUGAAUUUGAAUAGAUAUCCAGACCCUCACCAAUUGGAAUUAAAGGAACAAAUUGUUCAAUUUAGAAAUUUAAACCCAAACGAACACAAAACUGCCGACUCGCAAUUGUUAUCCCCGAGCAAUUUGGUGCUUGGCGUGGGGUCCGAUGAAAGUAUUGACAUGCUUAUGAGAUGUUGUUGUCAACCGGGUCAGGAUAAGAUUUUGAUUUGUCCGCCCACAUAUGGGAUGUACUCCAUUUGUGCCAAGGUUAACGAUGUAGGAAUCAGUAGAGUGCCGCUUCAAUUCCCCGGAUUUCAAUUGGAUACUGAUGCCAUUGUAACUGCGGUGAAGGAAGACCCCUCGAUUAAAUUGAUGUAUUUAACCAGUCCAGGGAACCCCACCGGUAAACUUUUAUCUGUCGAAGAUGUGGUUACCAUUUCCGAGACCGUGGCAAAGUUCUGGAAAGGGUUUGUGGUCAUUGAUGAAGCUUAUAUAGACUUUACCCCAAACAAGACAACUGACGGGAAAGAAUAUAGUGAGUCUGUUGCCACUUUGACGACUCAAUAUCCAAACUUGGUGUGUCUUCAAACUCUUUCCAAGUCGUUUGGAUUGGCUGGGAUUAGAUUAGGGAUCACUUUUUGUACGGAAGAGUUGGCACAUUAUCUCAAUUCCAUGAAGUACCCUUACAACAUCUCAUCCUUGACGGCAAAUGUUGCCCUUAGGGCCACGGGGAAGGAUACUGGGUUGACCUCUAUGCAAAAAUUCGUGGUCCAAGUGGCCGAACAACGUGACUGGGUCUUGCAAAAUUUGCAAAAACUCGACGGCAUUGGUAAGAAUUUGGGCGGUUUGGAACUGAAUUUCUUACUUUUGGAAAUCUUGGAUAAAGACGGCAAGCCUUCAAAUGAAGUUGCCCAGAAAUUGUAUCAAGUUUUGGCAGUUGAUAACCAAGUUGUGGUGAGAUUCAGAGGUAAAGAACUUAACUGUACUGGGUGUUUACGUAUCACCAUUGGUACUGAAUCAGAAAACUUGAAAUUGAUUGAAACAUUCGACAAGUGUCUCAAGCAAGUGAGAUGAGACCACUAACCAGGAAAAGUCCGUAGACCGGCCAUAG